AUGUCUUCAGCGAGCAACAUCUACAAUGUGUCAUCUCUGCUGUCUUUUCAAAGCUUCGACCUGCCCCCCGAGAGGGCUAUCACUGCGUUUGUCUUCGCCGCUCUGAAUUAUACCAUCAUAUUGUUCUGCAACUGCCUCCUCUUGUUUACUAUCAUACGAGAUAAGUCUCUUCAUCAUCCCAUGCACAUUUUGCUGAUAAAUAUGCCUAUUAAUGACCUUUUAGGUUCCACAGCCCUGUUUCCACACUUCAUGCAACAGCUCCUCUUUGACACCAGGACCAUAACGUUCUCUUCGUGUGUAACUCAGGCUUUCUUUAUACAUGUGUAUGCUGUUGCUGUUGUGUUCAUUUUGACUGCUAUGGCAUAUGACAGAUAUGUCGCCAUCUGCCAGCCAAUGAGAUACAGCACCAUUAUGAGCAAUAGUCAUCUUGUGAAAAUCAUCUCGUUGGUUUGGCUUUCUAAUUGGGCAUUAAUGACUGUUCUUUUCAUUUUGUUGUUACGCCUGCCUCGAUGUAGGUCUUACCUCACUCAUACAUACUGUGACAAUCCCUCCCUGCUGCAGUUGGUCUGUGCAGACACGACCAUUAAUAACAUUUAUGGACUGAUGAUCACAGCUGUCUGUCAGGUAAUAACUGUGGGUUUGAUUUUGUACACAUACCUGCGCAUUCUCAUUGCUUGUUUCAGAAACAAAAGCUCUGACACGAGGAGUAAAGCGUUGCAGACAUGUGGUACUCAUCUAAUCAUAUUCCUCUUGUUUGAGUGUUUAGGCCUGUUUACGAUUGUUUCGUACAGGAUAAAAGAUAUUUCUCCUCACUUAAGAAAAUUCAGUGGAGUAGCUGCUAUGAUCAUUCCACCGACAUUGAAUCCUAUUAUAUAUGGACUGAGAACUAAAGAAAUCAGGGUCAGUUUGUUCAAAUUGUUUCAGCGAAAGGUUUAUGUGUCAUAA